AUGAGGACUCCUGACUCGACUGAGUCACUCGACUGAAAAAACCAAAAGCCGACGUCUCGACGCCUCACUAUUAUCUUCUGUGUUUCAAUAUGCCCAAGCCGAAGCCCAAACCAAAGCCAAGCAGCAGAAAAGAGGAGGACUGGAAAGCCAGAAACAAGUAUAGUAUCAGCAGUGCUAUCAAGGCUGUUCUCUCUAGCUUUGUCCUGUUGGCAGCGGGGGCACAGCUGGGAAGGGGUUGGGCAACUGUCAGUUCGGCGUUGGAUGCUUCGGUGCCAUCAGUCAGUACUGGUACCGGCAAUGCAGUCAGAAGCACAGCAAGUUCAGUGAUCGAGAAAUGCUCCUUUUUGGAGCGACAAAUGAUCCAACGAGAGUUGCCGACGGCUGGUCAUGUCGCAUACCUGUCGCGGUGUCCCGUAUCGGACGCCUGGCUUUCCGAAUAUUUCGAAACUUACCCAGCCGACAACAACUUCGUCUUUUUGAAUUUUGGGUGCAACAAGGGGUAUGAUGCCGUGCGAGUUGCGGCCGAUGUUUCCAGGAAAAGAGACGUCUUUGACAAGGACAAGUGGAAAUCCCACCUAGACAUUCCAGCUCCAGGAGCUUGUGGACAAGACACAGAGACCAGGUCAAUUUAUGCGUUGGAUCCGUCUCUACCGAAGCGACCGGUGGAAAUCCACUGUGUAGAAGCAGUUCCCAAUACUGCCGAAAAGUUGAGACAUGCUGCCAAGAUGACCGCAGCAGCACAAAACGGUAUGCAUAUUCACAAUGUGGCUCUCGCGGGAAAACCAGGAGUGGGUACAAUUACCUUUCCCAAUACAGGGGCCGGAUACGAAGCCACUGGACUGGGAUCUUGCGCCGAAAAGCCGGAGUGGAAGAACAUUUGUACAGAUGUCCCUGCAAUGACCAUGGAUGAAUUUGUCGCCAAGCACGUGGAUCAUGGAAAGGCUGGCAGUACAAGUCGGAUACCCUUCAUAGCCAUUGAUGUUGAGGGAUACGACUACACUGUCAUGAAGGCUGGUCCCAGGACACUCCAAAGAACCGACUAUCUUGAGUUCGAAUUUCACAAUGUCGGUGAUUGGGCCAAUCAGAACUUAAGGGAUGCCAUUGAUAUGCUGGAGGGAUAUGGAAUGGCAUGUUAUUGGUCCGGAAAGAACAGGCUGUGGAGAAUUUCUGGGUGCUGGGUCGACGUAUAUGGAUCGUUUCAUGACUGGUCCAAUGUGGCUUGUGUCAACCCACAACAUCAGCCAGGAUUGGCAGCCAAAAUGGAAGAGGUUUUUCAUGCAACCCUGGAGAAAACCUUGGCAGAUACGCUGGCCAAGAUCAAAUAGAUGGAAUUGUUUUGCGCGAAAACUAAGCAACCCCUUCGUAUUUAUACGUACUUUUAAUAAUUGCGGGUCUGGAAGUCAAAACAAGAGUGUCUCUCUGAGACUUCGACAACAACGAUCGCGGUCAACACCGGAAGACUUCAGAACAAGUUGAAUAACGUACAGUUUGCUUAUAAUCAUCAGGUGCUGAACAGUGUCCACCAUUGUCUUAUUUCUAAAACAGCAAUGAUUAUCCCCAAAACGAAAAACAAUGGGGAACUAUUGCGCAGGGACGGAUCCGUCCCAUGCUCACUCUACCGGUAUGAACUCUCUUUGUAUCUCGCUUGAUCAUUGCUAUUGUCAAUUCACACAAUAGCCGGAGGAUUGACUUGUGCAAGAGGUCCCUCCACCAAAUCCUCUCCUGAAAACAGCGCCAUCUUUGGAGAACUACUAGUAUGCCUAGCGA